UCAAACUUUUUAAUUCAGGCAAGAACACGGUCAGCUGAAGCGGGUCCUUCUACUGGAGGUGACAUUCAGUCGGCUAGCAGGCACGGUUAGCAUCGACUAACACUUCGACAUGGCACAAGCUGUGCAGAAACUGGUCGCUAAAGUCCCGACGUUGGUCGGCGCCGCUGUCACCUACUCCAAACCUCGACUAGCAACGUUCUGGUACUAUGCCCGUGUUGAACUUGUCCCCCCCAGCCCUGCUGAGAUUCCUAAGGCCAUCGAGGGAGCCUCUAACCUCAUCAAAGCUUUCCAGGCAGGACGUCUUGGCCAAACCACAGUGAAGGAUGCUCUGAGAAAUGGACUUGUGGCCACUGAAGUUUUGAUGUGGUUCUACAUUGGAGAAUGCAUUGGCAAAGGAGGCAUCAUUGGUUAUAAUGUCUGAUUUCUUUUGGACUUUUCUUUUCUCAAGCAUUAUAUGCUGAACCUACUACAAGAAUUCUGGGAACCAAUUAACAAAUGUCUAUUAAUAAAGAUGGACUUGUGUUCUGUC